GAGUCGGUAGACUCUCUAUAUAGGGACGACACGGGUGAAAUCUCACGUGAUCCGCGUACAAAACGACUAAAAUCUCGGUGAGAAUCACUCCCUAGGCCUUCAAAACAUACUAGCAAUAGUCUACGGGCCCAUAUCUACCUAUACAUGUCCCCCAAGACCUCAUACGCACCUUCAGUCGUCCACGCGAGAAUUCGCUCAUACGCGAUUUCACGAUUUUCGUGUCAUCAUCAUAUUCUUCAUCUUCUUCUUCUUCUUCUUCAGACCCGCUAGCUCCUUACCGGAAGCACUUGAAGCGUUGAUUUUUUCACAGAACGUCUCCGAAUUUGCCGGAGGUGUGCAUGCAUAUCAAGCGAUCGUUUCUUUCUUGCCGCAAGUCACUACGGUAGAUCGUUGAGCUCUUCCUCGGUAGUCACUGAACAACGCCAUUUGUUGCUAACUCAGCAUCAGUGAGCCGCAUGCGCCGAGGAGGGCGUUUCCAAUGCGGCGCGCGCGCAUUUUGUCUCGUAAACCUGGUCCACGAACGAGACUAAGCCAGGACUGGAUGCCUUCAGAGAAAACUACUCUCAUCCUUCGGUGCCUUCUGAACAUUCUCUGCUUCCCGAUCAAAAACAACACUGGAGAUGUGGUAGGAGUUGCUGAGUUGUGCAACAAAGUUGGAGGGAACUUUUUCACCAAAUAUGACCAGGAAUUGGCAGCAACCUUCUCAGUAUACUGCGGAAUCAGUCUUUACCAUGCUACACUAUACCGCAAACUUGAGAUAACACAGACCAACAGCAAGCUCUCCACUGAGCUCAUGUUGUACCACAUGCAGGUGUCGACAGAGGAGGUUGAAAAAUUGGCCACCAAAGACAUUGUGGAAUGUACUGAGUUCAGCGAAGCCAUUGCAACCUUUACCUACACACCCCGAUCCAUCCCUGAUGCAAGAACUGCAGAGGCAGUGAUUAGCAUGUGUUCUGCUAUGGGCCUAACUCGACGGUGGAAACUACAACCAAGCACACUUGCCAAGUUCAUUCUGAUGGUUAAACGUAGUUACCGGGACCCACCCUAUCAUAAUUGGUACCACGCCCUCUCUGUGGCCCACUUUUGCUACGUGCUCCACCAGCGCUGUGACAACCUCUCCUUCCUGACAGACCUGGAGGUCCUGGCUCUCUUCUUCUCCUGCCUCUGCCACGACAUUGACCACAGAGGAACCAAUAACUCCUUCCAGAUAUCCUCUAAAUCUGUUCUAGCAUCUCUGUACAGUUCUGAAGGCUCAGUUAUGGAGGUACAUAUGUAAUGUGGCUAUGUAUGUAUGCAUGUGGUUUAGGCCUGAUUGGUUGUCCUCAGACAUUACAUAACGACUCUGCCCCUGUUGGGAAAAACACUACACAAACACAAUACCCUGAACUGAAACCAACAAUACCCACAGUAAAAACAGUCCUCAGUUGCCCAAAUUACCAUCACCUAUUGGUUCCCCCAAUUAUCAGAGUAUUCAAAUGAAACCCUGAGCAAAAAAUGAUGUUUCUCUUUAAUGGUGUAGGGGAAAUAUUAUGCGUCAAAGGUAAAAUUUUAGUAGCUGUUGAAAAGGA